AUGUCUCUUUUGAUUUCCUUCUUCAUUGGGGUUCAGAUGCUUCACUCAGUGGUUACUUCUCCACCUUUUCGCUUUCUGCCCCCAACGUGCAACUCUUUGGAGGUAAAGGCUGCUGCAGAAAUGGCUCUUAACAAACUCAAUGCACAUCGGAAAGAAGGCUACGUUCUUGGCCUCCAGCGCAUUUUUGAUGUCCGUGAACUACCCCAGUGGAUGGGUGGUUCUCUUUUCUACCUCACCUUGGAUGUGUUAGAAACUGAAUGCCAUGUCCAGAGCAGAAACCUGUGGAAAGAGUGCAAAAUUAGAGAGGCACACGAGACAGUCUAUGGCCAAUGCAAAAUAAUAAUUCACUUCAACAGGAAUUCAAAUCAUUCACAAUUGUACAGUUAUGACUGUGUUUUACGCCCACUUUCUCCAGCUGCUAUGGCAAAAAUCUGCCCUGAUUGUCCAACCCCAAAAGACCCUUCUGAAGCCACUUUUUGGGAAACAGCGGCCGAGAGCCUGGCAAAAUUCAAUGCUGAAAGCAACCAUGUUCAUUAUUUCACCAUCCUCAAUGUCACCAAAGCCAGAUCACAGUGGGUUGUUGGUCCUUCCAGCUUUGUGGAGUACACCAUCCAAGAGACCUCUUGUCCCAAAAGCCAGCCAGUGUCUGUCAUCACUAAGUGUCCUCUGCUCCCAUCCAACACUGCAGAGGCAGGCCUAUGCAAGGGCUCUGUGGUAAAUAGUCGGAUUGAAAAUCGGAAAUUUGUCACUGUAAAGUGCCAUUUCUUCCCACACCUGCCACCGGUUACAGAUGAACAGACUCCACUGUCUGGGUUGGAACCUGGGCAGGAGGAACAGCACAUUGACGCUAACAUCACUGAGAUACUACCAGACCAGAAGGAAAUAUUGGGGCGGGUGAUCAUCUAUCCUCCUUCAAGCAAACAUGUCUCACUACACUCCUUACCAGAAGUCCAGGAGCCCAAACCAACUUCUAAACCCACAUCAGCUCAAAAGAGCUCCAAUCUGGUGACUUAA